CGCCAUGAUGGAAACAUCCCUAUCAAUCCCAAUGCCCCCUACGUUUAAGGACACGCUCAUUUGACGCAAUUUCUUGUGGGAAAUGUAGGCUGCCACUGCUGUGAACCCGCAGCAGCAUGGCAGAUGCCAGACGGGACUCACGUGGUUGUGGAAACUGCUCAGAUUCAGAAGAAGAUAAAUGUUCCGAUGAUGAUUUUGAAACGUCAAAACUCGGAACCAAAGAAUAUUGGGAGGAAGCAUACCAAAAAGAGCUAGAGACGUUUAAAGACAUUGGAGACGUUGGCGAAAUAUGGUUUGGUGAGGAAAGCAUGAAUCGUGUCCUGCGAUGGAUGCAGAAAGCUAAGAUCCCAGAGGAUGCUGCCAUUCUCGACAUUGGCACUGGAAAUGGGGCCUUCUUGGUUGAACUGGCAAAACAUGGAUACAGAAACCUUACCGGUAUAGAUUAUUCUCCAGCAUCAGUAGAACUGGCCCGAAAUGUUCUGCAGGCAGAGGGCUUAUCUGAUGUCACUGUAAAGGAGACGGAUUUCCUGAACUGCGGUGGAGAACUCGCAGGUUUUGAUGUCUGCAUUGACAAAGGAACUUUUGAUGCAAUUAGUUUAAACCCAGACAACAACAAGGAGGGAAAAAAACUGUAUGUUCUCACCCUAAGAGAUGCUCUUAAGGACAGCGGCAUCUUUGCUAUCACUUCCUGUAACUGGACAAAAGAGCAGCUGCUGGAGAGAUUCUGUGAAGGGUUUGAAUUUGUACAGGAGUUGCCUACUCCCCGCUUCCAGUUUGGAGGAAAAACUGGCAACAGUGUGGCAGCACUAAUCUUCAAGAGAGUGCAUUGAUUGAAGUUUCUCAAGUGAAUGUUUGUCUUUUUUUCAUUUACGGGGGACUUUUUUCUAUUUGAGACCAGAUAUUUUAGUUUGAUCUUUUGUACAAGUCAUGAAUAUAGUGUAUUGCAAUAAAGCAAAUCCACAGUA